CGCUCGUCGCAGCUGCCGUAUUUGCUGGGCGAUAUCCAGACCGCGCCCGGGCCGCGAGUGUUUGCGGGGUGUGGUCUCGUGUGGCUGUAGAGUGCUCGGAGGCCGAUGCGGUGAGGAGUGAUGGUCGCCGCGAGGCCCGCGGGGCUCCGGCCGCUGCGUCGGUCGGGCUGCUAGCGGCCGCGGCAUGGCGCGCCGCGCCGCCCGCGCCCGCGCCUCCACUCUCGAACCAUGAGCGACCUGCAGGCCACCUUCGAGUUCUCCGUGGAACUAUACAAGUUCUACAAUGUCGAUCUCUUUCAGAGAGGACUUUACCAAGUGCGCGUGGGUUUGCGCGUGUCACCCAAGGUGCCGGUUCACAUCGAGGCGACGGUGUCAAGCGGUAAUGGCGCCGCGCGGACCGGCAGGCCUGCUGCCAACGCCUCCCUCAUGGGGGGCAUCGCUGCUUCUAGAGCCUUCCAAAUUAUGUACAGGAACGAGGAGGUCACGUUGCGUGACAUAGUGCAUUUUAGAGCCCAUUUGCUAGUUGAUAGCCGUAACCUUAAGGAUUCCUUAGAGAGAGCAGAAUGGAGCCUCGCCAUUGAACUAUGGUGCAGUGAGGGGGCUCAAUCGAGCACUCUCACGCCCGUCUCCUGCCGCGUGCUGAAACUGCACUUCCAGCCUGCGCAAGGACUCCACUACCACCUGCCAGUGCUGUUCGACUACUUCCAUCUAUCGGCUGUCUCCGUCACCAUCCACGCCAGCUUAGUAGCUUUGCACCAGCCUUAUAUCAAGAAGAGCAUUAUGCAUUACGUACAGAGCUGCACGCCCCGCUCUAGUAAACAGUGGGGCAAAUUGAUGAAAAGUGCGGGGUCAAACUUUAACGCUUCAGGAAGCUUAGAGAAUAUUCUGUUCGGGUCGACUGGAAAAUGUGCCGGCGGAAAUUCGAGCAAAAUCGCGCAUGCCAGGCAAGUGCAUGCCGAAGUUUGCGGUAUUCUUCUCGGGUCGUUGGAGGGCUUACAAAAUGCAUUGACAGUAUGUGGCUCUACAGGGGUGUUAUUAACACCUGAAGAAUCCACAUCCAACUCCAUCGUCGGCGAGGUUGCGCAACGGAUAAAGGACUUGAGUGAUAUCGGCAAGAAAUCUGAAGCUGGCGAAGAAGAAGAAUGGGCGAUGGGAGCAGCGCACGAUAUUGCAAGGCUCUGUGCGGAAGUUACGCUGAGGUGGCGUGCCUUUCUACACCACACCUCAGACCGACCGCACGUACAUCACGCACUAGCAGCACGGCAUCAUGCUUUACGAAUAAAGCGUUUUUCGGAAUGCUUCUUCGUGCUUGACAAUCCCCGGCACUCUCUAGCGGGUUGCUACGAUAGCAACUACCAGUCAUAUCAAAGCGUAGGCGAGGCCGUCCGACGAUCGCGCUACCUAGCGCUUUUGCCGCCUCUUCCUGUACAUUGCAUCGCACUUGAUGGCGAUCCCCAUAUCAUGCCUAUCAUAUUUGAAGACAGAUAUCAAGACACGGCUGAGUUUGCAAGGAGGCGAUCGUUUUUAAAUUCCAACGCAAAUAAAUCUGGAAGUGAUCCGUUCCUAUGUUCGGAACCUCUUAGAGAAGACUGUGCGUGUAGUGUAAGUUCAAUUAUGGAUUCAAGAAGACCAUCUUCCGAAGCGUCUAGGGUGACUCUGUCAUUGCCUAAAACUACGAUGGACGCCUUUGAAUCUGAAUUCGGUGCUCCCAAACCUAGCACAAGCGUAGUACAAGCGACAUUAACACUAGCGCCGCAGAAAUCAUCCAGAGGAUCGCCAAAAAGAACACUAGUAAAACAAAAUGUCGUGGAAAUGAGCAAACCCCAUAAUAAGCAAUUAGAAUUAACAGGAAGAAAUAGAUACAUUGUACAAAAUAACCAAAUAAGCGAAAUUCAACUACCACCAAACAACGUCUUUUCCUCAUGUCCCAUACAACAAGGACAACAAAUGUCACGAUAUUCGGCUUCAACCCUUUUAGACAUCAAUGCUACAACAAAAAGCAAUGUUAACGUUUCGCGCUUAGGAAAAGAUAAAUCCGAUCCCAGCGAGGUAUUUAACCAAAAACAUGAAAUCAUAAGUGGAGUUAGUACACUACCUGCUCGACAUAGCAAAUCUUUAGAUCAGUUAAGAGUGUCACAGAUGGCGCCACUUAAUGUACAGACGUUAUCAAAAAAUGUUAAAAAUAGUUCUAAUACUUCUGUUAAUUAUCAAAAGACUUACGUGCCACCACAGCAAAUAAAACCCACGACACUACCAAGAAGCGUUACAACAACAGCUUAUCCUACUAAUACGACAACACGUUGUGAAUCUAAAGGCGACGAUUACAGAAGAAACAUUAGUGAGUUCAGAGAAAAAUAUAAAAAUCCCGGCAAUUCAAAUAUUCAGAAUGUUCAUGGAAUGAACAAUGAAGUGUUUCAUAAUGUAGGUUAUAAGUAUGAUGGUACAAUUAAAGGUAACGCUAACCAAAUUUAUGGUUACACUUUCGGUAAUCAGGGUAAUAUACCAGUGAAUAAUGUUAUUCGUAAUCCGUUAGAAUUCCAAAGAGGCUAUAGUGUAAAUUUACCCCGUCCUAUGUUGCCUCCUCGAAAUUCUUAUCCACCGGUUAGUGGAAAAUCUCAAGUGACUGAUCAAAGCAACUUAGUUUCUAAUAAACACGUUCAUAGAUCCAACUCAACACAUAUGUUUCAACAGACUAUUGGAAAUCAACAAAUUGACAUUGAAGCUGCACGCAAUCAAUUGAGGCACGAAUUAAAUUAUUAUCUCCAAAAAGGAGAUUGGAGCUAUGAUUUUAACACAGGUAGCCUUAUUCAGAACUACCAAAAGAAAUCCAGUAAAAGUAGUGAUGAUAGCGGUUUUGUAAUGACUUUAGAUAGAAGCAGUGAUGGAACGUCUAAAUCAACGUACUCAAAAACACCACCAUCUACUCCCCAUUCUACAAUACCUUCAAUAAGACAUAAGAAAAGUAGAUCUAAAGACUCUAAAUUGAAUGCAAGUGCAAAAGAAAAUAUGAAAAUGAAUUCUAGUCGGGAUUCUCUAAGUAGUCAUCAUUCCAUUAAAUCUAGAGAUAGCAAAUCUGACCGACAAACACCAAAAUCUGAUCGUAGUACUCCGAAAUCUGAUAGAGGCACUCCCAAAUCAGGUAAAGCGACACCUAAAUCUGGUGGCAUCACUCCAAGAUCAGGCUUAGCUACUCCGAAAUCCGGAAGAGCUACUCCAAAAUCUGGUGGGACAACACCUAAGAGUGGAAGAUCUAGUGGUAAGCCAGAAAGGCGUUCUAAACACAAACCUUCAGAAAAAAUGACUCAACUUAUGUCAGAAGCUGCAUCAUCUUCUAGCGAUGAAAGUUUACCUUUCGAACUUAGAAGAUUAGAGGCAUCAGCAAGUGUCCCUUAUAGUCUUGACCAUGGAUCUGAAUUGAGACACUGUAGAAGUGCUGCUUCAAUAAUUGAAGAACCUAAUUUAAAUAAUACAUUCGGUUCGGAAUCUUUACCAAAUUUAGCUCCACCUCCAGCUUUUGAAUCACCACCAUUGGACAUAGAUGAUAAAGACUUCAAAAUUUUACCACCCGAAAAUUUCUCAAGUAAAGAUGAUAAGCGUAGCAAAAGUUCAACUUCAAGUUUAAGUGAACAAAGUGGAUGGGUUUCAAGUGGACGCAGCUCAGGGCCAUCUUCACCUGAUAAUGGAAGUUGUCAAUUGAAUCAAGACUUUCCUACCAGUGGCACCAGUUCUACUAAAAUUACAAACAAGAAAUUUGAAGAUAAUAUUGAUAAACGGAAAAAAGAUGGUGAAAAAAUAAGUGAUUUUAAAAGAACUGUUCUUAAUGGUGAACAACUUCGAGAACGUCUACUUAAAUUAGCGGUCAAAGCUGCUCAAAAUAGUUCAACUGAAAAAAUUGAAUGCUGUGAUAAAGAAGUUUGUGAAGAAUGUACAAUAUGUAGUGACUCUAUUUGCACUGACAGUCAAUGUGAAUAUAAUAAAAUGAUGCAUACAAACGGAAUUGAUACAGGUUGUAAUUCAGAUACAUGUACAGCUAGUUGUUUUCAACAGUACUCUGAACCAAAUAUUAGUAAGGUGAAUCAAAGACACAAUUCAUUCAGCGCUGUUCAAGGUAAAACCUAUAGUUCUAUAAACAAAAGUUCCAAUGAAGCAACAGUUAAAAAAUCACAAACAGUUAGUGACAACUUACACCCGUAUAUAAGAAAAGAAAUACCGCCUAAAGCGCAGCCUGAUUCUGGAAAAUCCAAUACAAUAAUUAAAACAAAGCUGAAAGACCGAAUCGAAUAUACGGAGAAAUUAAUAGCUGCAGAAAUACGAAGUCUUGCAGUAGAUCGCUCAUGUAAAAGUCAUAAAGUUCCAGCUGGACCAGUGGCAGCUAUUCAAAAAUACCAGGGUAAAGCAAAAUCCGAAGUAGACUUGAGCCAUUUUGGCGGCGAUAAUGAUUAUGAACAUUUACCACCACCUCAACAAUUCAGAGAUGCACCGCCGCCCCCUGACGAGUUUAAGGAUCCACCGUCAAAAUCUCCAAUGGUAAGUCGGAGCAGCAGUAAAUCAUCAACACCAUCAAAAACUCCUCGUAAAGCAGCACAACCUACAACGUUACAGCUGGAUAAUCCAUUGUAUCAUGUUUGCGAAGGAAUUUUAGAGAGACGAAAAUUAAGACCUCAUCAAUCUAUGAAUAAUGCUGCCACAACUUCAGCUAGCACGCUUAAUAAAAGCCAGAGCACGGGAGAAUUGGCGAGCAGAAGCGAAAAUGGUAAUAAUAAAAAACAACGACAAAGUAAUCUCAUCAGCAUAUUUGGGUUAGCUGAAUCGGAAAGGCUGUUCGUGAAAUGCAGAGAAGAAUUCAGGCAAAGCGUAAAAUAUCCAGGAGCAAUAUACUCCGAUUUUCCUCCAGUGGAAAACUCCUUACCAUAUUUCCACAUUAGUGAUGAAUACAGAAUGUUUAACCCGGAAGGUCUUCAUCUCAUAAUAUGCGUCCAUGGUUUAGAUGGAAAUGCAGCAGACCUGCGCUUAGUCAAAACAUAUUUAGAACUAGGCUUGCCAGGAGCUCGAUUAGAUUUUCUUAUGUCGGAAAGAAAUCAAGGCGAUACAUUCUCCGAUUUCGACACAAUGACUGAUAGGUUGAUUCAAGAAAUUGUGACCCACAUACAAAAUUCAAGCGAGCCAGCAAGAAUUAGUUUUGUGGGACAUUCUUUGGGUACUAUCAUUAUAAGAUCAGCACUGGCAAGACCACAAAUGAAACCAUUUUUGGGGAAACUACAUACAUUCCUAUCAUUGAGUGGACCACAUUUAGGAACGCUGUAUAAUUCAAGUGGUCUUGUUAAUGCAGGAAUGUGGUUUAUGCAAAAAUGGAAAAAAUCUGGCUCUCUACUACAACUGUCUCUUCGUGAUACGCCUGAUCCAAGACGGUCGUUCCUCUACCGUCUCAGUGAACGGAGUCAAUUGCACCAGUUCAAACAUAUCCUGUUAUGUGGUUCUGGACAAGAUAGAUACGUGCCGUUGCAUUCUGCGAGGUUGGAGCUUUGCAAAGCCGCUGCUAAAGAUGCAUCCUUAUUAGGACAAGCCUACCGGGAAAUGGUGCACAACAUGGUGUCGCCGUUAGCCGCACGCGCCUCAUCGGUGUCGGUCGUGCGAUAUGACGUCCAACAUGCACUUCCGCACACAGCUAGCGCACUAGUCGGAAGGGCGGCCCACAUUGCAGCCUUAGACUCUGAUCUCUUCAUUGAAAAGUUCCUCCUUGUCUCUGCUCUCAAAUACUUCCGAUGAAUAUCCAUUUCAACUAGUUAGUCUUUUCUUUGGGUGGUUAAAUUUUUUCCUGAUACGCCUCGUAGUCUGGCAUGGUUCUCAAGGAGUUAACGAAUGCGUAAUAUUAUAGCACUCAUUAAAAACAAUGAUAAUAUUACUAAAUCGUGCUAUUUGUCCUCCUACCAUGCCUUGUAUCGUACCGAGGAUGUAUCGCAAGAAAGUAAUAUAUUAUUCAUUCGUUGAAAUAAAUGAAUAAUUAAUGUAUGUGAUCCUUAAUUCGAGUGCGUCUUUAUUGUAACUUUUGUUGUACUAAGUUAUUAGACACGCUUUUAUUUUUAGCUACCUACAUUAUUAUACUAUCCUUAAUGCACGGUUAAUAAUUUGAAUGAUGAAAUACUCUUUCAGAUCACAACUAUUGUACCUACGAUUUUAUCAACGAUCUUCACAGUAAAAUAAUUAUCAUGCACAUUAAAGAUCUAAUUACUAAUAUUUUAAGAAUUUGUCAUCUCUAAAUCAAAAUGAUCUCUUUAAUUUAAAUGCUUGUAUGAAUAACUUUAUUGGAAAAUGAGUGUGAUAAAAUUUCCGCGCUGUUGCAGCGAUUUAUAGACUAUUCUGAUAAAAUCCUUGAAUGUUUAAUUAUACUAGGUUAAGGCGGAUCUUUACACCAAAUAAUUAAGACUUUCGACAUUAGCAAGUGUAGAUAAACGUAGAUGUUAUUUGUAUUAGGAAUUUAUAUUGUUGUGUAUGGAUUGAAUCACAUUAAGUGUUUUGUGUACUUCUGGAUUGCUAAGCCCGGGGAUUUUGAAUUCAUUUGCUACCUCGUUUUCGUGCUUUUAAGUACUUAACUAUUUUGUAUUCAAUAUUUUUUUUUAGAAAUACAAAACGUUGUCGCGCAAGUUUUACAGUACUUUCAGGCUACCAAAUUGAUAAAAAUAUAAUUAAUUGCACUAAUAUAAUUAGUGUAAUUCGACACGAAUAGAAUCAUUUUUACCUAAGUAUUUUUUUUAAAUAAUAAUACAUUAGGCAUGAAAUAAUAGUAAAAUCUGCAGAAGCUUAAAAUGCCAUUUCCCAUUCUUUGUUUAGAAAAGAGCUCUCAUUUAGACUAUUAUAGAUAAUAAUAUGCAUAACUCGGCAUUUGAUCCGGGGAAUUACCUAAGUGUGGAUUAAGUUUUACACAUAUUAAGGUGACAAUUUUUCGUUUCAUACACGUUGAUACCUAUUUUUUGUACCUGGCUAUAAAAUAAGAUUUUUAUUUCGUCUUAUUCUAACCAGUUACCUUACUAUUCGUAGGUACAAUUUGACAUUCGUUUUCUAUAUCGCCGGCAAGUAGCAGAAUUUCUGCAACGGCAUUUUACAAAAUAUGUUCGUUAUAUCGAACGCAAACAUCGAAGGCAAAUACUGUCGAUAUUAGUAUGGUUUAGUCAAGAAUUUGCCAACAGCAAAAAGUAAAAUGGUAGAUUAGGCGGCAGAACGAAGUCUGGUCACCCGAUUCGCAGUAUCUCAAUGAUAUCUCCAAUAAUAUCUAUCAGAACCAUCCCUAGCCCUAAGAAUGAUUUUGUAAACUACGAUGUCAGAAGCGAAUCUUCUGGUGUAAUCCAUUUCAAAAACUUAUUUAGGUACCUAAACGUUUACCAAUCAGUUGGUUAAAUUGUUCUAGUAACCAGUUAACAAUAAUAUAUACCUAAUCUUAUUUUGAAGCCAGUUACGUAAAAGAGGUAUCAACGUGGAUGAAAGGUAACUUUUUGGGAUAUUUUACGCACUUUUUAUAGAUUGGUUUUCUUAGUUAUUAAGCUAUUUGAAUUUGACACUUUAAUAAUUAAGUGGACGAAUCAGACAAGGCCUUAUUACAAUAUAAGGACAGGCCUUAGCCUUAAAAGAAAAAUAAGUAUAAAAUGUAAAGUAACGAAUGUUAGACUGAUCUUUAAAAAUAUACGGUAUUGAUAAGUU